CUUUCUCUUUCUCUUCCGCUCUCUUGUUCACUAUACAACAAUGACAGAGCAUCCGAAAGGAAAAUGAUUGAAUCCUCCUGUCGGCCACUUGCCCCCAACAUCUUCUUGCUCCUUUGACAGAUUUGUGCGUGAGAGGCGCCCUCCCAAUGUCUUGAUUGCUACUUGCAACCUCCCCAUCUUCUCUGUUGAAAGAUCUUUGGUCUUUCUUUGGGUUCUGUUCCUCCUCUGUUUCCUUCCUUAGAUCUGAGGAAUUCCCGUGUGAGCCUGCACCCUUUUGGGGGACGCGUGCGAUUCUUUCUUUCACCACCCGGCUUCUUUUUCUUUGGUUUUCUUGUCCUACUUUCUUGAUUUCUUGCGAGCAGAGCCCAAAAGAAACAAGAAAUCAGGGAAGCAGUUGGUUGAAAAAUGGCUGGAAUGCUUCCUGGAGUUGAAUGUGCCCGGAGGAGGAGGCUCCACCAGAGCGGAGGGGCUUGGUCAGAUCCGCCGCCCACGGCGGCUUACGGCUCGGUCAGGCGGUGUUCUCUGUCCUUGCAUUCAAGAAGCCACGAGCCUCACCAUCACAGCUCAAGCUCCUAUUUUCAGAGGGGCGUGAUGAACCGCGGCUGCGAAGAUGAGAAGCUUGGAGGAGUGGCGAGAGAGGCCAAGGAGAGGCUCGAUGAGAAGCUCAGGACACAGAGGAUCAAAUCAGAGUGCAGAAGAUCAAAUGCAGAUGGUAGAAGGACCAGAGAACAGGAGGGAGAUACUCAGUUGAGAAGAGAGGUGGUCCCUGGGAAUGGACUGAAGAAGGGUGGUGGGACAAAGAGGUUCAGCUGGGGCAAGCUGAGCUGGAAGGCCACGGACCAGGAGGAGUGCGCCGUCUGCCUGGACUCGUUCAGGGCCGGCGAGACCCUGAUACACCUACCGUGCACUCACCGGUUCCACUCCAGGUGCUUGGUCCCUUGGCUUGAGAGCCACUCUCAAUGCCCCUGUUGCAGAAUGGCUGUCUCUUCAUGACACCAUUGAAGCGACCCCCCAGAAGAGGGGGCCGCGAGAGAUAUGAUAGAUGUGUGUUCUUACUUUGCUGGAUACAAUUGCUGCGUGUGCUCAGAAAAGCAUUGCUGAAUCUGUUUACCGAAUGAUAUUGGCAUGUAAUCAUGGGUGAACUUUAUGAUGGAUUUGUUUGCAGAGUGGCACAAAGCUCAGAUGAUGUUGUACAUACUUCACAAAAGUAGAAUAAACUAGAAUUGCGCGUGA